CUCGGAUCUUACGAGACGGGUACCUAACUUGCGAGAUAGACGCAGGAAGAACGUUCCAAAAUGACCAAAACAAUGGCCAACAACAAAUACGCAAUCUUCGGCGCUACAGGCAAGAGUGGCAGUGCCCUCAUUGAGGUGCUGCUUGCAUCUUCACCAGACAAUAUCAUCCACGCCUACUGCCGGAACGCUGCAAAACUCACCAACCUUUUCCCCGAAGCUGUCAAUUCCAAGCGCAUCGUCGUCUUCGAGGGCAAUAUUCACGAUGUCAAGCUGUUUGCUGAGUGCGUUCGGGGCUGUGGUACAGCUUUUCUCUCGGUCACCAUGAAUGAUAACAUCCCCUACGUACACGUAGCCGAAGAUACUGCGCGUACCAUAAUCACUGCGCUCCAGCAGAACAUUCGCGCAGACAGCCAACUGGUCGUGCCCAAGCUUGUGGUGCUCUCCUCGGCAAGUCUCGAGCCAAGCAUGUGCCAAAAUCUGCCGCGCAUCUUCCACUGGAUCGUCACCCACGCCAACUCGCAUGUCUACGAGGAUCUUCGGCGUGCGGAGCGUGCACUGCGUGCGGAAGGCGACUGGGUCUCAAGCAUCUUCAUCAAACCAGGCGGUCUAUCAGUUGACGAGGCGCGAGGCUAUAAGCUCAAUCUUUACGAACAGGAUACCUUUGUAUCUUAUAAGGACUUGGCGGGUGCCAUGAUAGAGGCUGGGAGUGAUCCGGAUGGCCGUUAUGAUAUGAAAGAUGUUUCCGUCAACAAUUUAUCAGGCAGUGCGAGAUUCCCACCAACAUUGCCGCUCCUGGCAUUAAGUGGGUUGCUGAGGUGUUUCUUCCCCUGGCUCCAUCCUUAUAUGCCUUAUUUCGGAUAGACGUAUAAUACGC